AAUGGAAUGAUAGCACGUCGUUAUCCAUAUCAGCUUGGUAGAGUAAUUCGAAAUGAAAUUAAUAAAAAUCAUAUAAAAUUCGCGGAUAAACAUCUUUCAGAAUUUCCUUUGGAUUUAGUAUCUGGUUAUUAUACGCUCGAUAAGAGGGGUGAUAAUAUGGAAAAGCUAGAUGUAGCAAUCGUUGAAGCAACUGCAAUUACAGAAAAAGGACAUAUCAUUCCUGGCGCUUCAGUUGGUGCCACUCCUGAAAUUGUCCAAUCCGCUUCUAAGAUUAUCAUCGAAGUUAAUACUGAAUUACCAAGUUUUGAAGGAUUACAUGACAUUACCUCAAGCAAAUUUGCUCCUUACAAGUUUCCGAAUUUAAUUCAAAGAGUUGAUGAUAGAACUUAUAUUCCAUGUGAUUCUGACAAAGUUAUUGCGGUUAUUGAAUCGAAAGAACCUGAUCAUACAUCUGAUAGCGAAUCCCAG